ACGAAGAAACAAUUUACAGGCACGUACAACGUUAUCUCCAGCAACAACGUGGAUUAGCUUCGCAGUGAUGCUCCCGCUAGAGCCUGGAGUAAGCCUGGAUUUGAUUAGGUAAUAAUGAUUUUCGGUUAUCUGCAAUUCGGCAACUUGAACCACGACCACGAUUCACUGCAACACAGUCGCGUUGCCUCGCGUUUUAGCUGCCCAAAAGCCUUUUACUUUGAGGUCAUUCCCUCCCUAAUAGAUUCUAAUAGGUCAAAGUUGCUAUAUCUAGAAGAGGAUGACGUCUCAAGCCACAGAAUCAUCACCUCUCACUAUACCUUCUGCCUCAGAACCCAUACUAUCAAUACCCCCUGAGAUAUCGGCCGACAUUUUCGUUUGGGUCGACGUCAUGAAUGAGCAGUGCCACUCCUUCGAUACACCUUGGAUUCUCUCCCAAGUUUGCGGGCGUUGGAGGGACAUUGCCCUAUCCUUUCCACAACUAUGGUCCCGAGUUCACAUAACGGGUCGUCGGGACCAUUUCCUAUCAGGCGCCCUUGCCCGAGUGCAGACCGCUCUUGCCCGCACCCGAUCAUACCCUCUCUGGAUAGAGUAUUCCGAGACGGCUGAUCCUGGCGCACACAUGUGGUCCGCCAUCCUAGAGCAUUGCAACCACUGGAAAACUAUCAAUAUCUUCGUGACUCCAGAAUUCGCCAGUCGCCUCCCAGGCGAACAGCAUUCUCUUCCAUUGUUGGAGUCAUUGGAUUUCCGCUUCACCCGUUACCUGGUUCGCGGAUUGUCUAUCCAGGAGAAUGCUCUUGAUGGGUUCUCUACCGCACCCCGGUUGCGGAAAGUUUCGCUCUACGGAAUCCGCUCACCGUCCUGUCUCAAGCUACCGUGGUCCCAACUGACAACCAUCAACCUCGCUUGUGGAACAGACCGUGACGAGAUCCAGAUACUCCUCAAGACUUCGGAUCUGCAGCGGGUUCUACUUCUUCUUGACCCCGAGAAUGAUGUUCCUCUCCCGGGGCCAUUUGUACAGUCAUCAUUGCGUUCAGUGGAGACAUGGGGUGUCUCACCGCUCCGAUACGUCACUCUUCCCAACCUAGAGGUCUUGAGUGUCUCACAUACUGAUACUCCCUCGCCUAUUCCUAUUAUCCAUUCGUUCAUCUCUCGUUCCCAGUGCGCGCUACGAAAGUUUCAUCUUAACGGUCUAGAGAUCAGUGAGAACCUCCACAGGAUGCUGCUAGAUCUCCCUAGCAUCGAGGACCUCCAGCUAGAAUUCUCCUCGAGCCAGUCUGCAGUUCUACCCAGACUGGAGGAUCUUCAUUUGGUACACCAUGGGUUCGAUGACCCGCUGCUGGAUCAUACUUUUAUUGAUAUGAUUCGGUCAAGACGAUGCGACUUGCAGCCAUCGCUGCAGGUACUGCAGAGUCUUGUCUGCGAGCAUGUCAUCGAUGGGUUGCAGGCCAGCGAUGUUUCCUUCUUGAAGGAGGUUGAAGAACAGGGGCUCAAGUUGUACAUCAACAUCAGUUGUGACGUUGAUUACGGAUCUCGUCCUUGGUAAAAAUUCCCUUCCCAUCCAUUCAAUCAUUCCUUGACUACAGCUAUCGCGCUUUACAUCAGGACGCUUUGGACUAAUCCCGUGCAUUGAUAGAACAAGACAUUACUUAGACUAGUGUAUCUAAUCGUUUGCUUAUGCCACACCGAUAAUUUAGAUUUACCUGUCAUGUCUGUACUGAUAUAUCUUCUCUAAUACACUCUACUCGUUGUUCAGAGUAUGCGGA